CGGUACUAGGGCAGGGGUGCGCGCGGGAGUGGAGUACAGGAGCAGUGAAGAGAGGAGAGGUGAAAGGGAGUGGAGUGCGCGGUUAUCCGGACGGCCAUUGCGAGUAACUUGUACGAAGCCGCGAACGCGAUCCCGUCUCGUGCGGCACGCAAGCCAGUAAUUUCGGUGGACCAACCAUCAUCUCUGCAGUAAAGUGCUUCGUGUGAGGCGAAGGAUAACGCGCAUAAGACCCCGGCCCGAUGGCUGAGACCGACAAAUUGAAUAUCGAUAACAUCAUAGCUCGGCUCUUGGAAGUACGAGGAGCAAGACCAGGCAAGAAUGUUCAGUUGACAGAAGUGGAAAUUAGAGGACUGUGUCUCAAGUCACGUGAAAUUUUUCUAUCGCAACCUAUCCUUUUAGAACUCGAAGCACCAUUGAAAAUAUGUGGUGAUAUUCAUGGACAAUACUACGACUUGUUGCGAUUAUUCGAGUACGGUGGCUUUCCUCCCGAAAGCAACUAUCUUUUCUUAGGAGAUUACGUUGAUAGAGGGAAGCAGUCGUUGGAAACUAUCUGUCUACUUCUUGCCUAUAAAAUCAAAUAUCCAGAAAACUUUUUCUUAUUAAGAGGAAAUCACGAAUGUGCAUCCAUUAAUAGGAUAUACGGAUUUUAUGAUGAAUGUAAACGUCGUUACAACAUUAAACUCUGGAAAACGUUUACCGAUUGUUUUAAUUGUCUGCCUGUUGCCGCGAUAGUAGACGAAAAGAUAUUUUGCUGCCAUGGAGGCUUGAGUCCAGAUCUGCAAAGCAUGGAGCAGAUCCGACGAAUCAUGCGACCGACAGAUGUACCUGACCAGGGAUUGCUCUGUGAUUUAUUAUGGUCCGAUCCUGAUAAAGACACUAUGGGUUGGGGCGAAAACGACCGUGGGGUAUCGUUCACUUUCGGAGCAGAAGUCGUUGCCAAGUUUUUACACAAACAUGACUUUGAUCUUAUAUGCCGUGCGCAUCAGGUGGUGGAAGAUGGUUACGAAUUUUUUGCCAAACGGCAGUUAGUGACACUGUUCUCGGCUCCGAACUACUGCGGCGAGUUUGAUAAUGCAGGUGCCAUGAUGUCAGUAGACGAGACUCUCAUGUGCAGUUUCCAAAUUUUGAAACCGGCCGAUAAAAGGAAAUUUACUUACGGUGGUCUGAAUGCUGGACGGCCUGUGACGCCACCACGGGGCGCUAACAACAAAAAUAAGAAAAAGUGAAAACCUUAGAUUUACCUUUUUGAAUGCACGAUGCUUAGGAUCUUACAAUUACUACCGCCCGAUCCAACAUCUAUUAAGACAUCAAUACUUUGUAAGAGAGAGAGAAGGAGGUGGGGGGAGUGAGCGAGCAAGCGAGUGAGUGAGUGAGUGAGUGAGUGAGUGAGUGAGUGAGUGAGUGAGUGAGUGAGUGAGUGAGUGAG